AUGGAGUUACGAGAUCGAGAAGGUAAAUGGAAGAACCAACAAUCCAUCAAUGAGGUGAAAAGAUUCGAUGAAUUCGUAACAAUCGAUUGGGUUGAAGAUGAAUUGAUAAAUCAUAAGAAUUCUCAAACCGAAACCUUGCAAAGCUCCUUAAAGAUCAAAUUGUUCUCGUUUAUUAGGAACUGGCUAGUGUUAUCUCUCAUGGGGGUAACGAUAGGAUUGAUCGCUGGUUCCUUGAACGUGAUAACUGCAUGGCUUGCAAGUGUACGAUUUGGAUAUUGCUCCAAGGGGUUUUACUUGAACGAAACCUUUUGUUGUUACCAACAGGGCCAUUGUGAUAGCUGGCAUACAUGGUGGCCAUAUGAAACUUUGAAUUAUUUCCAAUAUAUCCUUAUAUCCAUGUUUCUUGCAUAUUUAACAACUACCAUAGUGUUGAGAUAUUCACCUUUAGCUGCUGGGUCAGGAAUUUCAGAAAUCAAAUGUAUAGUGUCAGGAUUCUCCAUGAGAGGAUUCCUUGGAUGGUCAACCUUAUUGAUAAAAUCCAUCACUUUGCCUUUAGCAAUUGGUUCAGGGUUGAGUAUUGGUAAGGAAGGGCCUUCAGUACAUUAUGCUGUGAGUGUGGGGAAUUCUAUCGGUAAAUUAUUCGAAAAGUACAGAAAAUCAGCUUCCAAAGCUAGAGAGUUUUUAACUGCUACAUCAGCAGCAGGAGUUGCUGUUGCAUUUGGUUCACCUAUGGGUGGGGUGCUAUUUUCCAUGGAAGAAAUUUCCAACGUAUUUCAAUUAUCAACCAUAUUCAAAUCAUAUUUUUGCUCCUUAGUAGCUGUUUCAACCCUUGCUACUAUAAACCCUUUCAGAUCGGGUCAAUUGGUAAUGUUUGAAGUUGUUUAUGAUACGGACUGGCAUUACUAUGAGAUUCCGGUUUACAUAUUGUUGGGACUUUUCGGAGGAUUCUAUGGUAUUGUCGAAUCCAAAUUCAAUAUCAUGUGGGUAUCUUUCAGAAAACAAUAUCUUACAAAUUUUGCAGUCAGGGAGGUUUUGUUGUUAGCAUUAUUCACAUCAUCUAUCAGUUAUUUCAAUCAAUUUUUGAAAAUUGAUAUGACAGAAUCAAUGCAGAUUCUUUUCAACGAAUGUAAUGGGAUAAAUGACUUGAAGAUAUGUAAAUCUAAUAGUGGCUCGUUGAUAGUUUCAUUGUUUAUGGCCACAGUGAUACGAAUGCUUUUGAUUAUCAUAACCUAUGGUUGUAAAAUACCUGCAGGUAUAUUUGUGCCUUCAAUGGCUGUGGGGGCUACCUUUGGUAGACUCGUUGGAGUUUUGAUGGAAAUGUUUUACAACAAAAAUCCUGAUUUAUUCAUUUUCAAAAACUGCACUACAGACAAAUGUGUCAUACCGGGAACUUAUGCAUUUUUAGGCUCAGCUGCCACAUUGAGUGGUAUUACACAUUUAACAGUGACUGUUAUUGUCAUCAUGUUCGAAUUAACUGGGGCUAUUAGGUACAUCAUCCCUACCAUGAUAGUUGUAGGCGUUACUAAAUUCAUAGGUGACAAAUGGGGUAAAGGAGGAAUAGCUGAUCAGAUGAUCACUUUCAAUGGAUUACCGUUGAUUGAUCCCAAAGAAGAUAUUUCUUUCAAUUUAAAUAGCGUAGAAAAAGCUAUGUCUAAUGUAUUGAUAGCAUUACCUGUAAUCAGCGAUACACCUUUGACAGUAGGAAAAUUGAAGUCAAUAAUUGGAAAGAAUGAUUAUAGAGGUUACCCCGUCAUCGACAAUGAAUUUACCCCCAAGAUAUCGGGGUUCGUCAACACUUCUGAUAUAAGAUAUUUUUUCGAGAAUAGGGAACUACCUGAUGAAAUGGUGGUGAAUCUUUCUAAAACCCACAACGACGAACAAUUGAAUAUGGGAGAACUCGUCAAUCCUUGCCCCUUGACCAUUAGUUCCAAUACCACAUUGGAGUAUGUGGCUGAGAUUUUUGUCAAAUUAGGACCUAGAUACAUAUUAGUAGAAUCUGAUGGGUGUUUGGUUGGUCUCAUAACCAGAAAAGAUGUAUUGAGAUAUGAACAUUCCGUACAUCAUAAACCGCAAGAACCUCAAUUUGAAAGAAAACUUUGGGAUCUUCUAGUAUCUACAUCAGUAGAUAUAAAGAGAAAGUUGGGCCAAUUGAUUUCAAACGAUCCAACAAGAUUUUUGUAG